GGGUUUGUGUUUUAGAAGAAGAAGAAGUGGGGAUAUUAACGGUGGGAGUGGGAGUGAAAUUGGAGUUAUAUUUCGAUAUUACUCCGGCGACGGUUUGAUUCUCUCGCGCUCCCGUUGCUUCUUGUUUCCCUGAAUACCUUUUAACAGUGUGUUCAGGGUUAUAAGGGAUUCAAGAAAAAAAUAUGCAAAGUUUGCCUGCUCUUCUGUUAUUUUGGUGUUAAAGUGUAAGCGAUGAGUCCGGCUAGUAUUUGAUUUUUACUCCGAAAGCCAAUAUACACAAUGCAGAUGUCAUCAUUGCCUUCAGAAAACUAACAUUGUUGUGCGGGGAUUUGGAAUGCACCGCUGCUAUUCUCAUCUGGAUGAGAUUGUUUAGAAUGGCUGUGGCCAUUGAUCAACAACCCCAUGGAUUUAAACCAUUUAGUCGAUCCCAAAGAUGCAAACUCCAAUCCUUUGGUCACCUUGAUUACAACAACUUUCUUGAACUCAACCAAACUACUCUUCUAGCAUUUCAAGCCGAGAAUAUUCACCGAAGUUUCUCCACUCCAUGUCUACCCGUAAACGGGGUAGAAGAUCCUCCUCAUCCGAGGAUCGAGAUCGUUCGUGGAAGUGGAGCUCCCGUACACGCUCUUGUCGUUGAGGUUGCCGUUGCUAUGGCCUCGGGUAUUCAACCUAUACCACUCCCCAGUGGACUUGGUGGUGCCUAUGUUUUCCCCAACACAAAUGGUAACAAUAUCGCCGUAGCAAAGCCGGUAGACGAAGAACCUUUCGCCUUCAAUAGUCCGAAAGGGUUUAAAAGUAAUAAUCAUCAAAUGCUAGUGCAGCCUGACUUAAAACGCUCGAUUCGAAUUGGCGAAACUGGAAUAAGAGAACUGGCUGCUUAUCUACUUGAUCAUGGAGGCUUUUCUGGUGUGCCUCCAACUGCUUUAGUUAAAUUCUGUCAUGCUACAUUCUCCGAUUCUUCUGCCACAGUUAAACUCGCCUCGCUCCAACGCUUUGUUGGCCACGGUUUCGAUGCAGGAGAGUUAGGCCCUUCUCUCUUCUCAGUUGAUUCUGUUCACAAAAUUGGUAUUCUAGACAUUAGGCUCAUGAAUCUUGACAGACAUGCAGGGAAUAUGCUUGUUAUGAAACAAGACAACAAUAGUUUCGAUAACGAUGUUGCUACCACCGAUCUUGUUCCGAUUGAUCACGGCUUUUGCUUGCCCGAAUGGCUGGAGGAUCCUUAUUUUGAGUGGCUGCAUUGGCCACAAGCCUCAGUUCCAUUCUCUGAAUCCGAACUUGACUAUAUUUCAAACCUUGAUCCUUCAAAAGAUGCUGAUAUUCUAAGAUCCGAGGUUCCCUCGUUGAGAGAAUCGUCUAUUCGUGUUCUUAUCGUCUGCACCGUUUUCUUGAAACAAGCUGCUGUUGCUGGCUUCUGUCUUGCUGAUAUAGCCCAGAUGAUGACAAGGGGAUAUUGCGGCAGCGACGAAUCUCCGAGUGAAUUGGAAAAUAUCUGUUUGAAAGUUAAGGCUAGUAUUAACAAUGAGAAUGUAGAAGACAAAGAUGAAGAAGAGAGAGAGACUAAUACUAAUAGUGGAAUUGGUGGCAUUUCUUUUGGUAACAUGAACAAAGGUGAAUGGGAAUUGUUUUUGGAGAUUUAUGAUAAGUUUGUAAUAGAAGUUUUUGAGGAUAAGAAGUGUAAAAAUUGAAGAAGUUGGAAGAACAUCAAGUUAAAGUUGAUGAAUAUUGUUAGGAAGAUAGGGAACCAAAGCAAGAGAUGAUGAAUCAUAUGAAUCACUGUCGCUUAUAAUUAAUUUGUACAUUAUUAAUGUUGUAAAAAAAAAAUUUAGUGUUAGGCUGUGUAGAUAUGAAGUACCAUAUGACAAUGGAAUAGUGAUUGGUCAAUGCCAUCCAUUCCAUUUUGCAACUUUGUGUUUGUUGCAUUUGUCUUUCUUUAUCAAAAUAGAUUUGUACACUAUCUAAGUAAGGUUUUGUAACCUGUGAUUAUGUAAAUUUUUUUUAUUUCGGUGAUUCAAAUUGUAUCAAUUGAUUAUGAAAUUAAAUUCUUUCCAA